GCGCUGGUGGCUGGCGGCAGCGGCGGCCGCAGCGGGGCAGGGCAGGACUGAGCAGCGCGGCAGGAGCGAGGGCGGGAGCCGGACCCGGAGACGCUGUCGCGGCCGGAGCUGGGUGAGCGGCGGCCGAGGUUUGUCUGCGGAUUUUGAGCCUCUGAAGUUGACCUCUGCGUUAAGCGUUCGCUGCUGCUCCCUCACUGCCCGAAGAGAUGUCUGUCGCUUACGAUGAUGCCGUUGGAGUAGAAGUGUCCAGCGAUAGCUUCUGGGAGGUUGGGAACUACAAGCGGACCGUGAAGCGGAUAGACGAUGGCCACCGUCUGUGCAGCGACCUCAUGAACUGCCUACACGAACGGGCGCGCAUUGAGAAGGCGUACGCACAGCAGCUCACCGAGUGGGCACGGCGCUGGAGGCAGCUCGUGGAGAAGGGGCCCCAGUAUGGAACGCUGGAGAAGGCCUGGACGGCAGUCACGUCCGAGGCGGAGAAGGUGAGCGAGCUGCACCUGGAGGUGAAGGCCUCGCUGAUGAGUGAGGACUUCGAGAAGAUCAAAAACUGGCAGAAGGAAGUCUUUCACAAGCAGAUGAUGGGAGGCUUCAAGGAGACCAAAGAAGCCGAGGAUGGCUUUCGGAAGGCACAGAAGCCCUGGGCCAAGAAGCUGAAAGAGGUAGAAGCAGCAAAGAAGGCCUACCACGCGGCUUGCAAAGAGGAGAAGUUGGCCACAUCACGAGAAACCAAUAGCAAAGCGGACCCAUCCCUCAACCCCGAGCAGCUUAAGAAGUUGCAAGACAAAGUAGAAAAAUGCAAGCAAGACGUUCUGAAGACCAGAGAGAAGUACGAGAAGUCCCUGAAGGAGCUUGACCAGGGCACGCCGCAGUACAUGGAGAACAUGGAGCAGGUGUUUGAGCAGUGCCAGCACUUUGAGGAAAAGCGUCUGCGCUUCUUCCGGGAAGUUCUGCUGGAGGUUCAGAAGCACCUAGACCUGUCAAACGUGGCCAGCUACAAGAACAUUUACCGUGACCUGGAGCAGAGCAUCAAAGCUGCCGACGCGGUGGAGGACCUGAGGUGGUUCAGAGCCAACCAUGGGCCAGGCAUGUCCAUGAACUGGCCACAGUUUGAGGAUGAAGAAUGGUCCGCAGACCUGAAUCGAACCCUCAGCCGGAGAGAGAAGAAGAAGGCUGCUGAUGGCGUCACCCUGACAGGCAUCAACCAGACAGGUGACCAGGCUCUGCAGAACAAGCCCAGCAGUGACCUUAGUGUCCUGAGCAACCCCGCGCGGCCCGCGCAGCCGCCGUCCAGCUCCAACCCCUUCGAGGAUGAGGACGACACGGAGAGCACCGUCAGCGAGAAGGAGGACAUUAAGGCCAAAAACGUGAGCAGCUACGAGAAGACCCAGAGCUACCCCACCGACUGGUCAGAUGAUGAGUCUAACAACCCGUUCUCCUCCACGGACGCCAAUGGGGACUCAAACCCAUUUGACGAGGAUGCCACCUCGGGGACAGAAGUGCGGGUCCGGGCCCUUUACGACUAUGAAGGGCAGGAGCAUGAUGAGCUGAGCUUCAAGGCGGGGGAGGAGCUGACCAAGCUAGAAGACGAGGAUGAGCAGGGCUGGUGCAAGGGGCGCUUGGACAGCGGGCAGGUCGGCCUGUACCCAGCCAACUACGUCGAGGCGAUCCAGUGACGGGCCAGCCGGCUGGCGGGCGGAGAGCGGAGGCAGGGGUCCCAGGAGCUGCGUUGGCCGUCAGCCCUGGACAGCGGCACCCUGGCGGCAGUCGGCUGGGUGAGCGUCCACUCCUUUUCCUGCAACACACGCUGGCUCCGUUGCUCUUGGCUUCAUGGUGUCUCUCCGAGGCAGACGAGCUGGUCGUUUCAUCCGGGACUCAGCGCCUCCCCGCACGCCGUGCAGACAGAGAGGUCUGAGCGCCGGAAGACAGUACGACAGGACUCGCCCCACACCCCCAUCCCGCUCACUGUGCGUGUCGGCUUAUCAUGGAUCUGUCUGUGCUUGACCUUGUCUUUCCUCCUCUCCUCUGAAGCAGUGGUGGGUUCCACUGAUUCUCGUUCUGCUGAUUACUUCCUCUGACGCGUCCCAUCAUCCGCAGCUUAAAUGAACAAACUUACAUGCUAUUUUCUGAGCGAAGAUGUUGAGGUUUUUAAUUUAAAGGCUGUGUACAGUUAUACUUUUUUAUAUACCUGUUCUUCCAUUCAUUUAUACUUAAAUUAUGGCACAGAUUGAUAUACACCGGUCUUGAGGAAAUCUCGAGAGCCUCAGUUCCCUGAGACAGGCGGUGCUUGAGGCCCGAGAGGGUGGUGGAAAGGUGGGGACGCGUCCGGCUGGAUUUCUGUCGUGAAUGCCCUGUGCGUUUGGGGCAUCCGCCAUGAGUUCCGGAAAUAACCGUACGUAGUACUCCAAAUGUCCCCGUAUUUAAAAACUAUUUUCAUUCUAUUUGUGUUUAAAACUUUAUUCUUGCAGAUUAACAAUUUUAUCAGUGAUUUGAAAGAUUACAAAGUAAGAAGACUAACUUCUCAAGCACACACAUCUGUAGAUUAAGAUGCUUUCUUAGUUAGACUGUCAUGUCUUGGUGUAUAUCUGUAUAUAUUAUUUGAUAUUCAGAGAAUCUAAAGAGUUCGUCUACUGUUCUGGUGAGAUUUAACGGCUUUUGACAGUGGGUUUAAUUUGUAAACUGCUUGAAGACUGUGACAUUUGGGCACAGGCCUGGCUGGCCGGCUGGGCCUCCUCGGGGCUCUGGGCCCGCGCCCUGGGCCUCUCUGGAGUGGAGACAGCUGGGGGGAAGCCUGUCCUCGCUGGACAGCUGUGGGUCCACCCUCCCGCCAGCCUUAGUCCUUUCCGUAGCAGAACACUGUACAACCUCCCAUGUCUUUCCAGCAGCUGCAGAUUCCAGCCCUCCCAGUCCCUCGCGAGCACACGAAAGCUGGGUCUCACCCCAGAGCCCCGGGGUCUCUGAGCGGCCUUAGUCAUCGGGAGCAGAUGCGCUGGGGCAGGAACUACACUGUAAUCACAGGGCGGGGGAGGGAGGGAGGGAGGGCGGGAAAACCUUUAUUUUGUGUAACUCAGACACCGGUGAAAUGGCCACCGCCAUCACAAGCUAUGCAUUUUCUCGAUGUUUCCAGUGAGCUUGGUGUCUUGCUUGGAAAGUGGAUGUGCGUCUGUGUUCGUCAUGAAAACUUACCAGCAGAAAUCCUCAUUCCUUUGCUACAGAUUUACCAAAAAUUGUCAAGUCUUUUCAGUUAGGAGUUUCUUUAAAUGUAUAGUAUUUUAGAAAAAAAAAUCAAUAAACAGUUGAUCUCAUGAG